GCAUGUGGGGUACUGUAUCUCCCAACAGGCCAGGAGCCUUCACUUCUUUCAUUUACUUUUAUGUUUUUAACUCCUUUAAUUGUUGAACAAAGUUGACACUGCUUUGUUUAGCAAAUUAGAUGUUGCUUACAGUUAUGGCUACAGUUGGUAACCUGGGACUUCGCAGAGAUUAAUUGAGCUACAGAUUUUUUUUUUUUUCCUGGUUAGAAGUCAGUGGUUUCUUGUGAUUUGGGAAAGGUGUCAAAGGUGUUAUGCCCUCAAGUUCUGAAGUUCUGGCUAAUGUGGUAAGAGAAAGCCGGAUUGAAGAGUGGAAGAGCAGCCACUUCAUAAGAAUGUCUUCCAAGCAAGCCACCUCUCCAUUUGCCAGUGCAGCUGAUGGAGAGGAAGCAAUGACCCAAGAUUUGACCUCAAGGGAAAAGGAAGAGGGCAGUGAUCAACAUGUGGCCUCCCAUCUGCCUCUGCACCCCAUAAUGCACAACAAACCUCACUCUGAGGAGCUACCAACACUUGUCAAUACCAUUCAACAGGAUGCUGACUGGGACAGUGUUCUGUCGUCUCAGCAAAGAAUGGAGUCAGAGAAUAAUAAGUUAUGUUCCCUAUAUUCCUUCCGAAAUACCUCUACCUCACCACAUAAGCCUGACGAAGGGAGUCGGGACCGCGAGAUAAUGACCAGUGUUACUUUUGGAACCCCAGAACGCCGCAAAGGGAGCCUUGCCGAUGUGGUGGACACACUGAAACAGAAGAAGCUUGAGGAAAUGACUCGGACUGAACAAGAGGAUUCCUCCUGCAUGGAAAAACUACUUUCGAAAGAUUGGAAGGAAAAAAUGGAAAGAUUAAAUACCAGUGAACUUCUCGGAGAAAUUAAAGGUACACCUGAGAGCCUGGCAGAAAAAGAACGGCAGCUCUCUACCAUGAUUACCCAGCUGAUCAGUUUACGGGAGCAGCUCCUGGCAGCGCAUGAUGAACAGAAAAAACUGGCAGCCUCACAAAUUGAGAAACAACGGCAGCAAAUGGACCUUGCUCGCCAACAGCAAGAACAGAUUGCAAGACAACAGCAGCAACUUCUGCAACAGCAGCACAAAAUUAAUCUCCUGCAGCAACAGAUCCAGGUUCAGGGUCACAUGCCUCCGCUCAUGAUCCCAAUUUUUCCACAUGACCAGCGGACCCUGGCAGCAGCUGCUGCUGCCCAACAGGGAUUCCUCUUCCCCCCUGGAAUAACAUACAAACCAGGUGAUAACUACCCUGUACAGUUCAUUCCAUCAACAAUGGCAGCUGCUGCUGCUUCUGGACUCAGCCCUUUACAGCUCCAGAAAGGUCAUGUCUCCCACCCACAAAUUAACCCAAGGCUAAAGGGCCUAAGUGACCGUUUUGGCAGGAGUUUGGACACCUUUGAACAUGGUGGUGGCCACUCUUACAACCACAAACAGAUUGAGCAGCUCUAUGCCGCUCAGCUGGCCAGCAUGCAGGUGUCACCUGGAGCAAAGAUGCCAUCAACUCCACAGCCACCAAACACAGCAGGGGCAGUCUCACCUACUGGGAUAAAAAAUGAAAAGAGAGGGACCAGCCCUGUAACUCAAGUUAAGGAUGAAGCAGCAGCACAGCCGCUGAAUCUCUCAUCCCGACCCAAGACAGCUGAGCCUGUAAAGUCUCCAACAUCUCCCACCCAAAGCCUCUUUCCAGCCAACAAAACCAGCCCUGUCAAUCUGCCUAACAAAAGCAGCAUCCCCAGCCCCAUUGGAGGAAGCUUGGGAAGAGGAUCCUCUUUAGGUAAAUGGAAAGGUCAACACCAGGAAGAGACUUAUGAAUUAGAUAUCCUGUCCAGUCUCAACUCCCCUGCCCUGUUUGGGGAUCAGGAUACGGUGAUGAAAGCUAUUCAGGAGGCUCGGAAGAUGCGCGAACAGAUCCAGCGGGAGCAACAGCAGCAACAGCCGCAUGGUGUUGAUGGGAAACUGUCUACCAUGAAUAAUAUGGGGCUGAACAACUGCAGGAAUGAAAAGGAAAGAACACGCUUUGAAAAUUUGGGGCCCCAGUUAACAGGAAAGUCAAGUGAAGAUGGAAAGCUGGGCCCAGGUGUCAUCGAUCUUACUCGGCCAGAAGAUGCAGAGGGAAGUAAAGCAAUGAAUGGCUCUGCAGCUAAACUACAGCAGUAUUAUUGUUGGCCAACAGGAGGUGCCACUGUGGCUGAAGCACGAGUCUACAGGGAUGCCCGUGGCCGGGCCAGCAGUGAGCCACACAUCAAGCGACCAAUGAAUGCAUUCAUGGUUUGGGCCAAGGAUGAGAGGAGGAAAAUCCUUCAGGCCUUUCCUGACAUGCAUAACUCCAACAUUAGCAAAAUCUUAGGGUCUCGCUGGAAAUCCAUGUCCAACCAAGAGAAGCAACCUUAUUAUGAGGAGCAGGCCCGGCUAAGCAAGAUCCACUUAGAGAAGUACCCGAACUAUAAAUACAAACCUCGACCGAAACGCACCUGCAUUGUUGAUGGCAAAAAGCUCCGGAUUGGGGAGUAUAAGCAACUGAUGAGAUCUCGGAGACAGGAGAUGAGGCAGUUCUUUACCGUGGGGCAGCAGCCUCAGAUUCCAAUCACCACAGGAACAGGUGUUGUGUAUCCUGGUGCUAUUACUAUGGCAACUACCACACCAUCACCUCAGAUGACAUCUGACUGCUCUAGCACCUCCGCCAGUCCAGAGCCCAGCCUCCCGGUCAUCCAGAGCACUUAUGGAAUGAAGACAGACGGCGGAAGCCUAGCUGGAAAUGAAAUGAUUAAUGGAGAGGAUGAGAUGGAAAUGUAUGACGACUAUGAAGAUGAUCCCAAAUCAGACUAUAGCAGUGAAAAUGAAGCCCCGGAAGCUGUCAGUGCCAACUGAGGAGUGUUUGUCUGCUGAAUUAAAAUACUCUGACAUUUCACCUCCCCUCCCCCAACAGAAAAGUUCUUAAAGAGCCCGCAUGCAUUUGUGGCUCCACAAUUACAUCAGCAGAAUGGUCUUAAUUGUUUCGUAAAGCGUGAGACAGAUUAAGUUUUCCCAGAUUUUUCAUGAACUUGAGUUUUUUGUCGUUAUUGUUAUUGUUGUUGUUGUUUUUUAAUUUAGGUGAAGACAUAUUAAAUAUGAGACACCAGGACUUGAAAACUUAUCUCAACCCAUAGCUGUCUUACAAGUCUUAUAUUUUGUCUUACUUUUUUUCUUUUGGAUGUUGAUAAAGGUUUAAGUUACUGUUUUAGAUGGGGUUAAACAUUCUCACUCAGGUAUGCUGUGCCAGCCUACAAGUUGUGAAUGUGUUUUUAUUCUGAAUUAUUUUAGAAAACAACUGAGAAUUUCAUAUUGUGAAACAGAACAAGUCCACGGCGUGUGCAGCUGCAUGUAGAGCAUAUUCAAAAGGCCUCAGAAUUCCAUUUUUCCAUGUGUAGAGUUAAACUUUGAAUGUGCCAAACUUUUUCAUAACUUUUGAAUCUUAAUAUUUUGAAAGUCUUAAAGGAGACACUGCAAAGUCUUAGACAAUCUUUGGCAUCUUAAAAUAAAAUAGCAAACCACACUUUUUUUUUUUCAGAAAA